GCGCGCUGAGCCGGCGGAGCGUUCGGUCCCGAGCCGCCGCCGGGGGCUCCGGCAGGGCUGCGAACGCUGCCGCCAGCGCUGCCACACCGCAAGGUAGCACGGAGCUCGCUGUGCCUCCGCUGCUGUCUCAGCGUGAAUCCACCCAUUUGGCGUUCUUUUUUAUCUCUGCCAAGGAGAUACAGUCUUUGGGAGAAGACAGAAAAAUAGGAACAGAAACUGGAGUAAUUUGCAGUGAGACACUACUCUCCUCUGAAUAAAGAUGGCAGAAAUCAAUUCUCAUGUAAAUAUCAAGGAAAAGAUCAAUGCAAUCCGAUCAAUUGUUCCCAACAAAAGCAAUAAUGAGAUAGUUCUGGUGUUGCAGCAAUUUGAUAACAAUGUGGACAAGGCUGUUCAAGCUUUCAUGGAUGGCAGCGCAACUCAGGUUCUAAAGGAGUGGAAUAUGACAGGGAAAAAGAAGAACAACAGGAGAAAAAGAAGCAAAUCUAAACAGCACCAAGGCACUAAAGAUCCUAAAAACAAGAAUAGUGGACCUGAGAAGGCAUCUCAAGAGCCUCAGCGAAUAAAUGACUGUCAUAUGAAUGGAUGCCCUAAGGACAACUCUGGCCGUGGUUCUGCCAAUCAGAAGCUGGAAUCCACUUCUCCUGAGAACAAAGGCUCCGGGUUUGCAGGGUCGGCACUGGACUGUCCAGAAAUCAAAGACAGAGAACGAGAACGCCAGAGGGUAUCUGUGGACUCAAACCCAAAGACUGUGAAUGGAGUAGAGCAGCCUGAGCCCCUUCAGUCAUCAGUUCAACUCCAGUGUAACCUAGGCAGGCCAAAGUCAAAAUCUUCCACAGUUAAGUCACCCAGUGUGUCAACCCAGCUUGAAACAAAGACAGAUGAUUCAGUCAAAAAAAGAGGGCCAAACAUUGAAAAGUCAGUAAAAGACUUGCAGCGUUGCACUGUUUCUCUAACCAGAUAUCGUGUGAUGAUCAAAGAGGAAGUGGAUAAUUCAGUGAAGAAGAUCAAAGCUGCUUUUGCAGAAUUACACAGCUGCAUCGUAGACAAAGAAGUGUCAUUAAUGGCAGAAAUUGAUAAAGUUAAAGAAGAAGCCAUGGAAAUCCUGACUGCUCGGCAGAAGAAAGCAGAGGAGCUCAAGAGACUGGCAGACCUAGCCAGUCAGAUGGCUGAAGCACAACUCUCUGAACUCAGGGCUGAAAUUAAGCACUUUGUGAGUGAGCGGAAAUACGAUGAAGAGCUGGGCAGAUCUGCCCGAUUUUCCUGUGAUACAGAGCAGCUGAAGACCCAGAUUCAGCUCUGUGGAGAAAUUUCUCACCCAAAGAACAACUAUUCCUCAAGAACACCAUGUAGUUUACUGCUGUCUUCAAUGACCUCACAUGCAACAGCUGGCAAGCAAAAUACGCACAACCGAAAGUCCUCUAGUAAUGCCAAGAACUCUGAUAAUAAAACAGCCAGCAGUAAAGUACAAAGUUAUCCUUCUUCCAAUCCUACAGAAUCUUCUUCUCAAGGAGUCACAACAAAUAAGCAGAAUGGGCCUUCUAGCCAGAGACGGAGAUUCAACCCACAGCACCAAAACAUGCGGCUCAAUGGAUCUCAUAAGUCACAAGGUGCCAGUAAUGAGGCAGAUCAAAAUAGCAAGAGUGGUUCCAGGCCUGAACACAGAAGACAGCAGCAUAACAGCUUUCGAUCUAAAAAUAAAGGAGCUGUGAAAAAUCAGGAGCAGUCUACAACUGCAAGGAGCACAGAGAAUCCGGCGCAUUCGGAGAAGUCCCGACGGAAGCACCACACCCCGGACACCGCGGAGCACAGGCCCUUCCAAGGCAGCGUUGGCAGGGUGUCACAAUGCAAUUUAUGUCCUGCAAGGAUGGAGGUCUCUGCUGAUGCCACUGUUCUUUCAGUGCCAGCUGUGACUUUGGUGGCUUAAAACGUCACAGUGAUGGCAGGCAGAGAAAUUCAAUCUCUUCAUUUUAGUUUGUUGCUCGAAAAGCUUGUUGGUGAAGAAAAUAAGUCAGAACAUAGUCUUUUAAAUCUUUUGCUGCUUAAAACUUGUUGGUAUCUUUAUUACUACUAAUUAUCAAAAUUAAAUCAUACUUUCAAGGCUUUCCCCAAUAUGUUUGCAUUUAUUUUGUCACGACUGUACGGAAUCUUACCAAAGCAGCAUUUACUUCUUAGAAAAAUGAAACCUAGAUUGGAAAGAUAAAUUGGUAAUUAAAUUCAUAAUAGCAAAAACCUGUUGUAGAUAUGUGGUUAUACGAGUCAAUCUUAUUAUUUCAUAGAACAGCCUGUGUUAGAAGGAUCCCAGGAAGUCUGUAUGCUAUGGUCUGCAAUGAAGUCAAAUAAUCUUGUAGAAUUUUUCAGCAAAUCUCUAUACACUUCUUUCUUUCUGUGCGUGUAUACAUGUACAUGCAUGCACACUGUAUACACAGAAAGUAUUGUUCUAUUCAAGAAGAGUUGAAAAAGCAGUUCAUUUGAUUUUAGCUUAUUAUUCCAUAAUCUGAGAUCUUUAAAUUCAAGUAUAAAUUGUAUUAAAUGUAUUACAUAUUGGUAUUUUUCAUGGACAAACUAUUUUUAUGAGGCUGAGAAAAUACGCUCAUCUAAGUUUGGAAUGUAUAUAGUAAUGGCUAUUCAGAUGCACAGCCCUGUUCUCCAUCCUUAUCAGCCACUUUUCUAUGACUAGUUGGAUUUAUUUUUUGCAUAUGAAAAGUUGCAGGUCUUCUAGACUUGAAUUCAAAUUAUUUUUCUAUAUUUUUGCUGUAGGAACCAUCUGUCCAUAACAAGAGCUAUGACUAAUAAAUUACUUAGUCUUUAUGUUCUGAUUCUGUAUUUCAGAAAACCUGUUUCUUCCAAAUAAUUAAAAUCUUCUUUCUAAAAUA